AUGCAGUUUCUCGCGGUGUUCCUCUUCGGCGUCGUCUUCCCGGCAUGCACGCGCUCAGAGAACCGUUUCCGCCGCCCGCCGGGCCCGGGUCCGGCAGGAGACUUCCGGGAUAACCCAGUCUACACCUUGGGCGACAACAUUGACUUGCAGUGGGAGAUGGACCUGAAGAACAUCGACCUGAUCGUGUGGCAGCAGCAGCCAACGGGAAAUAUCAAGGGGCCCUAUGCCAAGCUCGCAUACUCCUCCCCAGCACAAACACCAACCACCCCAACCGACAAAGACCAGCUCUCAAGCACCGCAGUCGCAGGCAUCGCCGUCGGCGCGACGCUCGGCGCCCUCAUCCUCCUCGCCCUCCUCGCGGGGCUCGUCCGAAAGUACAUCAUGAGGAGGCGGGACAUGGCCGUCCACACGGAGGGCGACAUCCUCGUCUACGCCGAGCGGCAGCUGCAGGCCAAGGACGAGGCUGCCGCGUGGAAGCUGGAGUUGCCGGCGCACAGCCGCGAGCGGUUCGAGGUGGAGGCAUGCGAACCGAGGCAUGAGAUGCCUGCUGAGCCUGUGGGUGUCGGGCUGGAAAGGGGGUGA